AGUCAGGCGCGCAAAGAUACUUCUGUAUUCAUUGCGCUCUGGGACAGCCAAUAACGCUGCUGGAAAGGAUCCGGCCGCUCAGAGAGAUCCCCCCUGCAAACUGACCAGCAUGGACUCGGACGCGAGCUUGGUGUCCAGCCGCCCUUCGUCGCCGGAGCCCGAUGAGCUCUUCGUGUCGUCCAGGAGCAAAAGCGGCGGCGGCGGCUUCUCGGCGGGCGGCGCCGUGUCCAGCUCGACGCCCAACGACUCUCCAGCGGAGCUGAGCGCCGAGCUGCGCAGUGCCAUGAGCGCGGCCGGGGUGGUGAUGGUAGACAAGCUGGCCUUCAAGUCUCCCUCCUCGUCGUCGUCGUCCUCGUCGUCGUCUUCUUCGUCGGCGUCCAAGAAGGACAAGAAGCAAAUGACGGAGCCGGAGCUGCAGCAGUUGCGCCUGAAGAUCAACAGCCGCGAGCGCAAGCGGAUGCACGACCUCAACAUCGCCAUGGACGGCCUGCGGGAGGUGAUGCCCUACGCGCACGGCCCGUCGGUGCGCAAGCUCUCCAAGAUCGCCACCCUUCUGCUGGCGCGCAACUACAUCCUCAUGCUCACCAACUCCCUCGAGGAGAUGAAGAGGCUCCUCAGCGAGAUCUACGGCGGCCACCACGCCGCCGGUUUCCAUCCCGCCGCCGCAGCCGCCGCAGCCGCGGCCGCCUGCCCGGGCGGCAUGGUAGGCCAUUCCGCGCCUCUGCCUGGCCACCCGGCUUCGCACGCCGUGCACCACCCGAUCCUGCCCCCCGCCGCCGUCUCCAGCGCCUCCCUGCCCGGCUCCGCGGGCCUGUCGGCUGUCAGCUCCAUCCGGCCCAGCCACGGCCUCCUCAAGUCGCCGUCGAGCGCCGCCGCCGCCGCUGCUGCUGCCGCUGCUGCCGCGGCGGCGGCGGCUUCGGGCCCGCUGGGCAGCAGCUUCCAGCACUGGGGAGGCAUGCCGUGUCCCUGCAGCAUGUGCCAGGUGCCCGCUCCGUCGCACCACCACGUCUCCAGCAUGAACACGGCCAGCCUUUCCAGAUUAACCAGCGACGCCAAAUGAACAGGCCUCGACGGGACGGAGGAGAGGGAAGGUGGGUGGGAAGGAGAGGGGCCGAAGGCGCACAGAAAGAACUCCGAGGACAAAAAAGAGGGUUGUCCUGGACUCCACAAAGUGAACCUCUCCCAUCGGACGUACAAAACUUGACCCCCACCCUUUAUUGCUUCACAACAACUCUCCCCGGCCGCCCCCCCAACUAGGACUCCGACACUACAUGGAGAGGAAAUAGAACUCAAGAGCCCGGACGCUAAAAGGCCCCUCUGCCUUCUCCGCCGAACUCCUGCAGAAAGCUGGCACGGGUGGGACAGGAUUCAUCUUGAACUCCAUCGCUUGGCUUCACUCUGAUCUCAGUCCCUGUUGUGCGUAAACUCACCGCGCGUUGCUUUCGGAACCUUGUAUGUUGUUGUUCUUUAAAAACGGUAGAAGGUGCAAGUAAGUUUAGGCACUCGCCUUCAAACCAGAGGAACCCAAACUGCCUUAGCAGCCUAGCAUAUCUCUCUCUCUCUCUCUCUCUCUCUCUCUCUCUCUCUCUCUCUCUCUCUCUCUCUCUUUCUCUCUCUCUCUGGGUUGGGGGAAUAUUCAGUCCUGCACACUUUAUAACAGGACGUCCAGUCCUUUGGAAAUCCGUGGGGUUCACUUCCCAGGAAAUGUAUCACAGAGGACUUUAAUUCCACCAGAACCUGAGCAAAUUUGCUUACAAGUAGUCUCCACUGCUGGUUUAAGUUCCAGGUAGCAGCAACUGAAUCCUGAACGCGCUAGGCUGAAGUGGCCACUGAGACUAAUGAGUUGUGAUUCCAAUGAGGGGACACGAUCCAACCAGAGUCAGGCAGCGUUGCGAGCCAACGAAGAAUGUUGUGGCACCUUCGAGGCAUUGAUUUUGGCAUCAGCUCUGGAGGGCUAAAGACUGCGUCAUCAGGUGCGUGGCUUGCUACAAGGCUCUUGGUCGGUUUCGCUGCGCUGCCGCCCCUCUGGAAAGCGUGACUUUCCGUAGGUCUCUAAACUUGAUCCUACACGCAUGUAAGUAAGUCCGGCGAAAUGCAACAGGGCUUACUACCAAGGUCCUUGAAAGUGAAGAAUUGCAACAGAAAUGUUGACUGGAUCGUGCCCAAGCUGGUUAGGAUCGCCACGCUAAAAUGCCGAGCAGGAUCACUUUGGGUCUGCGUCAUUAGGGGGGGCAAUCUAAGGGGGAAAGUUAUGCAUUUUGCUGCUGGGGAGUCGGAUUUGUAUAUACGCUGCCAGAUCUGGUGCAAAUGGUUCCCUCUUACGCUUUCUGAUUGUGAGGGCUUGUUCUGUAAAACCUUUAAGGGUGGGGUGCGUGUUAAGGGCCUUUUCUUCUUUCAGGGCGCGUGACCUUAAGGCUUUCUUGUUCAAACUUAACUGGUUUUUCGAAAGCGCCCCACAGACGAGAUCCCCACACUGUUUGGGGCUGCAGUAUUGAGAC